CUUAAAAUUCUUGACAAAUUAGAACUCUUCUAAUUAAUUUUGAAAAUUUUGGAUAAGAAGUUUGUUAAGAAUCUCAAAGAGGAUGAAAAGAAAUCUGAUUGAUGGUAGAAGACGAACUGGGGAAGUGUUCGGUUUCCACUCAAAUUCCUCUUGAUUCCACACUUUUUUCUCUCUCUCUCUGUAUAUAUAUAUGUAUACAUGUUUAUGUGUAUGUACAUUGAUCUUUCAUUCAACAAGAACUUCACUCUAAGAAGAAGAAGAAGAAGAAGAAGAUACGAUCAUGGCGGCUGCUGUUCAAAAUUCAAAGGAAGCUGUUUGUGUUACCGGCGCCAAUGGUUUCAUUGGCUCCUGGAUCGUCCGUACACUCUUGGCCAACGGCUACACUACCAUCCACGCCUCAAUUUUCCCCGGAUCCGACCCGACUCAUCUCUUCCAACUCCCCGGUGCAACAAACCCUAACGUCAGCAUCCGUGUCUUCCCCGCCGAUCUCCUCGACUGCGACGCCGUUUCUCAGGCUGUUCAAGGUUGCUCCGGCGUCUUCCAUGUCGCUUCUCCAUGUACUCUCGAAGCUCCAAAAGAUCCUGAACGUGAACUCGUUACUCCUGCUGUUCAGGGAACUCUGAAUGUUCUUCAGGCCGCUCAUAAGUUCGGUGUCAGGCGCGUUGUUCUUACCUCCUCCAUCUCUGCUUUGGUUCCUAACCCGACUUGGCCUCAUGAUAAAGUUUUUGAUGAGUCCUCCUGGACUGAUCUUGACUACUGCAAAUCUAGACAGAAAUUUUAUCCAGUAUCAAAGACAUUGGCAGAGAAAGCAGCAUGGGAAUUUGCUGAGAAGAAUGGAUUGGAUGUGGUCGCCAUCCAUCCAGCUACGUGUCUUGGCCCGCUCUUGCAACCCAGUCUGAAUGCUAGCUGUGCUGUGUUGCAGCAAUUGUUGCAGGGUUCAACAGAUACCCAAGAGUAUCACUGGUUGGGUGCUGUGCAUGUCAAAGAUGUUGCAAAGGCCCAGCUCUUGCUAUUUGAGACUCCUACUGCUUCUGGUAGAUAUCUUUGCACCAACGGCAUCUAUCAAUUUGGUGACUUUGCUGACAGAGUCUCCAAACUCUUUCCUGAGUUUCCAGUUCACAGGGAUUGCAUGCAUGUUGAUAUUUGUGAAGGGGACAUGCCCUGAAGUUACUUCUUUCUGCAUCUAGAAUUUGCUUGCUCAUUUGGCAUAUGAGGGAAGAACUGAGUAGCUAUUGAAUUGGAUAUCACUAGAACUUGUAUGUAAUAGAAGCCUUAUGGUGGGGUUGGUCAGUUUAUAGCACUAAUUAGUGACAUAAGAUCAUCUUAGAUGAGGAGAGAUUAUUUUGUGCUGCUGGAGCACAUAUAAUUUGGAAUACUUUUUGUAGUUGAUGGUGCAUUUAACUUUGGGUAAGAAGAAAAAUCUGUGGCUUGAGAAAUGUUUGUGGUCCAAUCAAAUACAAGAGGUGUUGUGCUCCUGGAGUACACAACAAUUUUAGAUGAGUGCAUUAAUCAUACUGCCCAUAGUGUAUGGGUUGACAUAUAAUUAUACCAAUAUGAAAAUUUUGUUGGUGCCCAUCCUGUUAUUCGGAGCCCAUUUUUUCAUUAUUGUCAAGUGAUAAUGGUUCUGCUGCUCAAAUUGGGAGUUCUCAUUGAAAAUUUGAAUUCAUCUCUUCCAAUGAUGAUAUGCCUUAGCUAUUAGAUUUUCUUUUUCCCACGGGUAUGGUGGAUAAUAGAAGAGAGAUUGAGGGGUUUGGGUAGUGGGGUAAAGCCCAUAUCUCUUUUAUGCUUAUGUUGUGGUUACUUUGUCAAAUCUUCAAUUUCUUUAAUUUACUUUUGUGAACCCCCACUAAGUCAGUUUUUGAUUGUUAUCUUGACGAACUUCAGUUCCCAACGCAUGUACUGUGUAUCAAAUGCCCACUAACUAUUUAGCAUUGUUGAAGGUUUAUGACUUUGUCAGGUCCCUUGAUCAGAACCAAUUCAUUCAAACGCAUCAUUGAAUAUCCAUUAUUUAGCAUAAUCAUUUUACACUUUAGAAUGUCCAAGUAUCGAUAUUAGUGAUUCUUUUUUUUUUUUUGAAAUAAAUCAAUAUUAGUGCUUCUGCAAGUCCAUUUCCCUGUUUUCAUGGGGAAUUGACUUAGUAAUCACCUCAUAUAGCUAUUUCUGGCGGAGAAUCAAUGAUAUGUAGUAGUAACUUCUUUUUUUUCUCUCUACUUUUUUGUUCUAGAUCAAUUAUCCCCCAAAUAUUGUAAACUAUGGUUAAGGUUGGAGUGAUAAAUCUAUUUCCCCCCAAAACUUGGGUUGGUAAUGAAGUGUAAUGAUUGGAAUACUAUCUUGUUAUCAUUUUUCAUAAUAUCUCCAAGUUCUGAAGAAGAUACACAUGAAAGCAAUGAUUCUGGCUUUGUGCUCCUUAGCUCUCCGCCUCAAGAACAUAAUUUUACAUCACCUUUUUGGAGUUAUAAUUCAAAAUCCUCCUUACUUCUUGUUUUCAAGGACCACCGUCCUUGAAGUAUAAUUAAAAAAGAUAAAGUUAAACGCCUCCCACAAAUAAAAAGAAGUGACCUGGAAUAAAGCAGUAAAUCCAUGCAAUGUAACAAAAUAGAAAUGCUAACCUUUUUCUAUUUUUAAUUCCAGUUCACACUUUCUUUUUUUUUUCCCUCUCUAUAUAAUUUCACUUUUUUUUGUCUUAGGAAGACUUAUACA